GCUGUUUCAAAGCUUUGCUUUUUUUGCUUCCCCACAUCCCCUUUGGCCUUUAACCUUUUGGUUUGGCUUUAGCUAUUUCUUUUUUCUUUUUCUUUUCUUGAGUUUUGAAACAUAUUCUAACAGCUCACCUUGUAUUUUUUCCCAAUCAAUUUUUCUAUAUACACAAAAAAUACUUCUCAAUUUGUGUACACGAGUAUUUUGCCCAGCCACCUUUUACUAAAAAAUGUACGACUAUACUUCAGACGGGUUCAUGGACGAGGACGAUGAGGACGAAUUUGUCUACUCCGAAGAGGAGUCUGACGUCGAUUCCGGCUCUCUGGCAAAUGACGGCAAUGCCGGCCACACACAGCAAUCGCAGAGCCAGGGGAAAAAAGUCGUGGGAGGUUGACUUUAAGGUGCAUAACGAAGCCGAGCUUAGCGCCAAGCAGGACGCCAUCGUUGCGCGCCUGGAGCCCGUGCUGGCAACGUCGAAGGACACGACCACGCUGCUGCUGCGCUGCUACUUUUGGAAGGAAGACCCCCUGGUCGAGGACUAUCUCAUGGAUCCCGAUCGCAUGAUGAGCAAGGCUGGCGUAUCGAUCAACCAAGAGGACGUGUGCAUUAGGUCGGGCGACGCUGACUUUGUCUGCGAGAUUUGCUACAAUGAGGGCUCCAACGAGGAGUUUCUCGUGCCAUCGUGCGGGCACCGCUACUGCACGACAUGUUACCGGACGUACCUCGCCGGCAAGGUGCAUGAGGGCGGCUCGUGGAGGAUCAGGUGCCCAGCGCCAAAGUGUGGCAUGCUGGUUGGCACCAAGGCCGCACGGCUGCUGUUGGAGUCCAACAAAGACGACCUUGCGCGCUACAACCACAACCUUACGCGUAGCUUUGUUAACGACCGCGACUCGUUUGUAUGGUGCCCAGCGCCCAACUGCGAGUUCGCUAUCGAGUGCCAAGUUCCGCGGUCGGCGAUGACUAUGGUCGUCCCGACAGUGGUGUGCAAGUGCGGUAACCGCUUCUGCUUUGGGUGCCAGCUGCCCGAUCACAUGCCGGCGCCGUGCCAUCUGGCGUCCACAUGGUUGGACAAGUGUAAAGACGAUUCGGAGACGGCCAGCUGGAUUAAGGUCAACACGAAGGAGUGCACCAAGUGCAAGGCGACCAUCGAAAAGAACGGGGGCUGCAACCACAUGUCAUGCCGUGAGUGCCGCUAUGAGUUCUGCUGGGUGUGCAUGGGCCCAUGGGCUGAGCACGGCCAGCAUUUUUACAACUGUAACCGUUUCAACGAGAGCUCCAGUAAGGACGCGCGCGACUCAAUUUCUGAGACACGCGCGCAGCUUGAGCGCUACAUACAUUACUUCACGCGCUACAACAACCACGAGCAGAGCGCUAAGCUCGCGCGCAAGCUGCUGGCCACCACCGAGAAGAAUAUGGAUCAGCUGCAGCGCGAGCUCACGCUUUCGUGGAUCGAGGUGCAGUUUCUCAGCGACGCCGUCGACAUUCUCAGCAUCUGCCGCUCGACGCUCAAGUGGACGUACGUGCUGGCCUUUUUCAUGAAGCCCGACAAUCAGAACCAGAUGGUUAUAUUCGAGAACAACCAGUCAGAUCUGGAGAUGGCCACCGAGCAGCUCAACGACCUCGUCGAGAACCCAACCUCCCACGGCUCCAUCGAGGACAUCAAGCGCAAGAUCAUUGACAAGUCAACCUACGUCAAGUCCCGGCGGGAGACUCUGCUCUCCGACACGGCCGCUGGGCUCCAGGAGAACCGGUGGACGUUCUCUAUCUAAAUUUCCUUAGUGUGCUUGAUCUGGCCAGCGCCCUUUUAUGUUUUAUUGACACAAAAAUACACAACCUUGU